AUGAAGUUCAAUGUUCUUCCUAAGAACUCAAAAGUUCUGGUUAUUGGAGGUGGUAUUUCAGGACUUUCAUAUUCCUACUAUUUGGCAAAGUUAAGACCAGAUGUCGGUAUUACAUUGCUAGAGGCCUCAAAGAGAUGCGGAGGUUAUAUCAACUCUUCUGUAUACAAGAAUAACUCACGUCAAAACAUUGUGCUAGAGAAAGGUCCCAGGACUUUAAGAGGUGUCUCAGACGGCACUUUAUUGAUUGUGGACACCUUAAGACAGCUAGGAAACCAAGAUAUUGUCCAGUACAUUGAUAAAGAGAGUGACGCCAACAAGAAGUACCUACUAGCAGCCAAUAAUCAGCUACUUCAAGUUCCCAACUCGCUCUCGACCUUCUUUAAGUUUUUAAAGAAUCCUCUGAGUAAAGGCUUUCUCACGGGGAUAUUGGGCGAGUACCUCAGGCCCAGUAGGAAAGACAUAUCAGAUGAAUCAGCGUUCGAAUUCUUUUCAAGAAGAUUUGGAAAUAAACAUGUGCCAGGUAACAUACUAAGUGCUAUUUAUCAUGGAAUUUAUGCGGACGAUAUUAAGAAACUCUCUGCCCAAAGAGUAGCUCGAGUAAUGUACGAUAUGGAAAGAGAACACGGUUCACUAAUAAAGGCUGUUUUUAGGAAAAACAAAACUGAAGGUCUUCAUCCCGACCUGGUUAAUUAUAUGAAGGCUUUCAAUCUAGAUGAAAAUGAUUUAAUGGCGUUAAGUAAAAAACUGAAGAAAGUUCCUAUAAUUGGUUUGAAGGGAGGGCUGCAACUGUUCCCAAGUAUUCUAAGGAACGCUCUGCAGCAAUUGCCUAACGUUCAAAUUCACAUUAAUAAACGAGUAUCACGACUACUUUACUCAGAAGGAAAGUUCGAAUAUACAACUGUUGAUGGGAUCAAGGAAAGCGAUUUUGAUUUUACGAGGUUUAACAUAAACCCAUCUGAAAUGUCCGAAAUCGUUGCCGAUCCCUCGAUAUCAAAAGGUCUAGAGCUCGUGAAAUCGAAUACUAUUAUACUGGUAAACAUUUACAUUCCAAAUAAAGAUAUAAUUAAGCCAUAUCAUGGCUUUGGCUACCUGGUACCGUUAACUACGCCGAAUCCAGACAUGCUCUUGGGAGUUAUUUUCGACUCUGUAAUUGAGCAUAAUUUCAAACCACUAUUCUCAAUUGGGAAUGCUCCUGAUAAUAAUAAUAUUAUUUCUAAUACAAAGUUGACAGCAAUGGUAGGUGGGCAUCAUCUUUCUGAUUCUGAUUUACCUGGCAUGUCCAAUAGCACGUUCAUCACCAAUAAAUUGAAGCAACUAUUGUCAUCUCACUUAAAUGUCCAUGAGUCUACCUUUAAUGAUGCAUACUGGGAAGUUACAGUAGUUGAUAAUUGCCUUCCAAAGUUCCAUGUCGGAUAUAAUACCUGGCUGAACAAUACAUCUAGUAGCAUUAAACAGUUAUAUGAGGACAGGGUUUCACUUGGUGGAAUGGCUUUUAGCGCUGGACCUGGUGUCCCAGACGUUGUCAUGAACGCCUUUACGGAGGCACUCCAUAUUAGCAAGCAGUCCACUCAACUGAAAAUCGAAUCUUAA